AUGGAAUCCAUAUCUUCCCAAGCUCCAAAGGAAACUACGUUGGUGCAUGUUGCAGACCUCAACCCUGCUCAUUCUAACCAUCAUUUGCGUGUUCGUGUUGUUCAUGCAUGGCUUACUAAGCACUUUUUUAACCCAUCUAAGAAUAAAUCAUUCGAGAUGGUUUUUGUCGACGAAUUGGGAGACACCAUACAAGGUUUCGUUAAGGAAGAAUGGAUAGAGCUUUUCCGAAACAUCUUGACCGAUGGUUUGCCGAUUAUGUUGUCAACAUUCCAAGUUGGAAAAAGCACUGAUACUUUUCGCUACUCUCCACAUGCUUUCAAAGUUAACUUCCAACCGGAGACGAAAAUCAAAGUCAUCGAUAAUUUUGUUGGACCCGAACAUCAUUUUAACUUUAUUCCUUUCAGUGAGAUUAUUAAGAAUAAGCUUAAGCCCAACGAAAUUAUUGAUAUUAUUGGUUUGGUUGUCCAUGUUGGAGGUAUUGUUCCAGGAUUUGCAAAUAACAAGAGCAACAAAAGACGAUGGUAUGCAAAUUGA